AAAUUAUCAAUAUAGCUAUUUAAAUUAUAGCUGGCAUAAUGAUCAGCCCGGUAAUAACUCGACAAAUGGUGCAAAUCCUGCCAAGUGUUAUGGUCGGUAGGAUAACACUUCCCGAUAUUAUUGAGGAUGCAAUCAAGCCCCCAACGGAAGAUAUUAAUUUCGAAGAAAAAUCGAAUGAGAAUGAGGUGGAAGAUAAUACAGAGAAAUCGGAAGCGGUUUCUGAAUCCGAAAAAGAGGUAAUUGAGGUAUCUGAGGAGCCGAAGGAAGAAGAGGUAAAGUACGCUUGGAAUGCACCCUGCAUGAUGGUCAUCUUCGAGGAUGGCGAUGUCAAUUGUGCCCUGCAUCACCUGGUCGAAUCUCUACAGGAUCCCUUUGCCUUAGAUGCGGUUGCCGUGAUCUUGGUACAAGAAGCUUUAGCCGAAGAAAUCGAAAACCGAGUAAAAAUUCUGAUGAAACCCUUGGAUGCCAGGGUGGCCAAUCAUCCGUGCUACAAGCGCACUCUGAUGAAGAUUGACGAACUUAGGCCGAAAACUAUAAUAGGUCCUUCAGAUCGUGUCUUACCCGAUGCCACGCCCAUAAUGGUGCGGGACAUACCACACAAAUUUCUGGGCGAUGGACCCACUGGCAUUAUAACCAUGCAUAUUUUUCGCACCCCUUUCGAAGCCACUCAGAUAUAUAGAAAGGAAUAUCCCCUACCAAUCGCAUCGGUUAGUAUAUGGAAUGAGCGGGUUUCGAGUGUUUACGAUGUAAUUGGCAUGAUGAAUCUACUCGAUACCUUUAAGAUCAACUGUUUCACGGUCGAUAUGGAGCCCAUUAAGCGGGCAUUCGAGCUAAGGAAGUAUAGUGCUUGUAUACAUCGUGGUUAUCACUAUGAAACCCUGCCCAUAAAUGGCGAGAGAAAGAUUAUCAUAUAUCCAGUUGGAACUAUAUUUGGCAAUUGAAGUGUAAGCUGGGUAAAUACAAUACCAUUAUUCG